GUAGACUACUGAAGUCGUUCUGUCGUUGAGCUGCGCAAAGUUCGCAGUUUGGUUUUACCAAUUUGGUUUUAAUCUUCGAUUUCGUUUUUUAGACGAAUGUUUUUCUAAAUUAUUCGAACCCUGACGAUAUUUAAAGAAAAUAUUUUUACGAUUAAGCAGGAUUGAAAGAUUAAAUUUUCUUUGUCAAAGGGUUGAAUCAUAUCAGAUAAAGAGCGACAUUCUCGAUUGACCAGCGCCGUGCAAAAGUCUUGACGAAAGCAACUGCGCGAUGCAGUGUUGGGAAUCAGAACUGUUGAAAGUUUAGAAACUGCUGAGCCGCGUCUUCUAUUUUGAUCGUACAGGACGUCGACUAGUCCUUUUUGUGUCAUUGCAUUCGUGUGUUACUGCGAAUUUUUAAGUUUCUUGGCCCGUCGUUAAACUGUGAUCAAUCAUGGCGGACACAGCUGUAGUAGACGGGGGUAGGAUCAUAAAGAUGGAGGUGGAUUACAGCAGUAAUUGCGAUACAAAAAUCCCAGAAUGUAAAAAGUUGGCUCAGGAGGGAAAGCUGCACGAUGCUUUGGAUCAACUCUUAGUUCUGGAAAAACUAACUAGAACUGCUUCGGAUAUGAUAUCAACAUCCAGAGUCCUCAUCGCAAUUGUUGAAAUAUGUUUUGAAGCUAAGAACUGGUCUGCCUUGAAUGAGCAUAUCGUUCUUUUGUCCAAAAGGCGAUCUCAAUUAAAACAAGCAGUAACAAAGAUGGUGCAAGAAUGCUGUACGUACAUCGAUAAGACUCCAGACCGAGAAACUAUGAUCGAGCUUAUAGAAACUUUACGUUCUGUGACUGAAGGAAAGAUUUACGUUGAAGUUGAGAGGGCAAGGCUAACACAUAGACUGGCAAAAAUGAAGGAAGAGGACAAUGACAUUGCAGGAGCAGCUUCUGUGAUGUUAGAGUUGCAAGUAGAAACAUACGGCAGCAUGACCAGAAGAGAGAAGGCUUCACUUAUAUUGGAGCAAAUGCGACUUUGUUUACUGAAGCAAGAUUUCGUUCGUACUCAAAUAAUUGCUAAGAAGAUAAAUAUUAAAUUCUUUGAAGAUGAAAAUGACGAAGAGACGCAAGUUUUGAAACUCAAAUACUACGAACUGAUGAUGGAAUUAGCGCGUCACGAGGGUUGGUACUUAGAAUUGUGUCGUCAUAACCGAGCUGUCCUGGAGACUCCUAGUAUAAAAGCUGAUGCUGAAAAAAGGCAUAUUGCAUUAUCAAGAGCUGUUCUGUAUCUCAUUCUUGCCCCACAUGAACCAGAACAAGCAGAUCUUACCCACAGAUUAUUAGCUGAUAAGCUUUUGGAAGAUAUACCUAUUUACAAGGAGCUACUACGACUGUUUGUUAAUCCAGAGUUGAUAAAGUGGUCAGGUCUAUGUGAAAUUUAUGAGACAAACUUGCGCGCAACUGAAGUAUUUUCGUCUGCCACAGAAGAAGGCCGUAAACGCUGGGGUGAAUUGCGAAAUAGAGUAGUCGAACACAAUAUCAGAAUAAUGGCUAAGUAUUACACGAUGAUAACGUUAAGUCGCAUGGCCGAGCUUCUGGACCUGCCGGUCGAGGAGACGGAGCAGUGUCUGUGCAACCUCGUUGAAACCGGAGUGAUUAGCGCGAGAACUGAUCGACCUGCCGGUGUCGUGAGAUUCACGAGGACGCAGGAGCCAGCCGCACUGCUGGACGAGUGGGCAGGAUCGCUCUCCAAAUUAAUGAGCCUCGUAAACAACACCACGCAUCUGAUCCACCAAGAGGAGAUGCUCGCCAGCGCUAAGGCAUGAGCAAAGCUGCGCAAUCGCUUCUAUAUAUUUCCAUACUAAUUCUGCCGAAAGGAACUGUUUUUUUUCCUACUUUCUUUAUUUCCUUUCUAACGGAUGACUCUCGCUUUACUUUGCUAUAUGUUCUUUCAUAUCUUUCUGGAUUAUCCGAGCAGAAUACAAAUCUAUAACUAUUAAAUGUUAUUUAAUAAUAAAAAGAGCGAAAAAUUUAAUUUGGUUUUGCAUUUUGUAAACUUGAUGUUAUCGAGCGUAAAUUGAAGAUCGUGCUUGGGGAUCUGUGGGUACAAAACUUUUGUUGUAAAGAAAAAAUCGUAUAAAUUUUUGUUUUAUUAUAAUUAUUAUAAUAUAUACAAAACAUCACAUUGAGUAAUAAAAAUUAAGCUUGACUCAACAACUGGUAUUUGAAAAGGCAUGAGUCGUAAAUUAAAAUUUAGAAUAUUCGCAAUUUAAAAAAUAUAUUACAAAUAUAAAUCAACUCAUCGUUGAAUUGUGCUUUACAGUACAUUAUAACGUCGGCGCUGUUCGAAAAUAAGAGAAAAAA